AGAGAGAAAGAAGGGGAGGGAGGAGGAACUUAAAGGAAAAAAGUUAAAAUAAAAAUGGCUUCCUUGUCUUUGGAGUCCACAGAACAAACGGAAAACGGUCAAACUGAAUCCGCAGAAGAUGAAGCCAAAGUUAAAAAGGAGACCGAUCCGGACGAAGUUUCUGAACAACUGCUCCAAACCUUCCAGAACUCGUCGCUCAGUUUUUCCACCGACCAAGUCGCGUGUCUGUGCGAGGCGCUUCUGCAAGCGGGCAAUGUGGAUCGCCUGUGGAGAUUUCUCUCCACCAUCCCUCCUUCGGCCGAUUUGCUACGUGGCAACGAGACCCUGCUGAAGGCCCAGGCUUUGGUCGCUUUCCACCGGGACGAAUUUAAAGAGUUAUAUGCCAUUCUGGACAGUCAUGACUUCCACCCGAGUAACCAUGGGUUCCUGCAAGACCUCUACUUAAAGGCGCGCUACAAGGAGGCUGAGAGGUCCCGGGGUCGCAACUUAGGGGCCGUGGAUAAAUAUCGACUCCGGAAAAAGUUUCCCCUGCCAAAAACCAUCUGGGACGGUGAGGAGACGGUGUACUGCUUCAAGGAGAAGUCGCGAAACGCUCUGAAGGAAUGCUACAAGAUCAACAGGUAUCCCACUCCGGACGAGAAGAAAAAUUUAGCCAAAGUCACCGGACUUUCUUUGACUCAAGUGAGCAACUGGUUUAAGAAUCGCCGACAGAGGGACCGAACCCCGUCCGGUACCAACAGCAAAAGUGAAUCUGAUGGAAACCACAGCACAGAAGAUGAAGCGAGCAAAGGAGAUCUGGAGGAUAUUACUGACAAACCUUGUCAAGAGAUGAUCUCCACUGCUUCUCUCAUAUCUUUUUCUGGUGCUCCGUGCAAUACAGGUGGUCAGCUUAUCCUUAACAGUACAGGGGGAUUCCUCACAGGUUCUCAUCCAUUGCUGCUCAAUGGGAGCCCUAUACUCUCAGGGGCAGGAACAGGAGUCAUCAUUAAUGGGUUGACACUGAGCGAUGCCCACACAGUCACCCUAAGUCCUGUUACAGGAAAUGCACCAUUGCUACUAAAUGGUGCUCAAGUUAUCUCCAGAGAGGAACGUGGUGUCAAUGACAUGGAGGGCCAAAGCAGCCUGUCUAAUGUGGUGCUGAGUCCACAAGCCAGUCUAGCAAACACAACAUCUCUCUCUCUUAGUGAAGAGGCAAAAACAGCCAGCAGCAAUGUUUCUCCAUUGGAUUUCAUCAGUCUUCCGGAGGCCCUGAAGAAUCCAGACAAUGUCCAGUCAGAGCCCACUAACUCUAUGUCCACUUCUACCAUCUCUACUUCCGUCAUCUCUCCCAUGCCUCAUUCUUCAGUUAUUUUGACUCAAAAUAGUGUUCCCACAUCAGCAGCUGGCUCCCUAAAUUCAGUCAUCUCUAGUCCCAUUGUUCCACUACAGCCUACACAGCCACCAGAGAUUGUUUUAUUAGCGAAGACUGAGGCGCAAUCGCUUUCUUCCAGCUCUAUCUCCAGCCCUCAGGUGCUGUCCUUACCACAGGUGGUACCAUCUAUACAAGGAAUCCCAGUGUCCCAACUUCUGCAGCAUCCAUCAUGUCCAGCCAGCAUGUCUUCCUGUCCACAACUUGUACCGGUUUCAUCUGUCAAUCCACAGGUACCCCAAGGUCCCAUUUCUCAGUUUCACACACAGACCUUGCACAUUGCUCCCAGACUUGCUCAAACCCAGCUCCAAAAUGGCUCCAACACACUAAGUACCAAUACAGUUUUUUCCCUCCCCCAAAUGGCAGAUGGCCAACUUGCACAAGGAUUUGCGUCUCAGCUAGGACAAGACUCUGCUUCAGCCACCUUCCCACAGAUACAAACCUCUAUGGGACCACAGGUCAUUCCUAUUUCCUCUCCAACUCAAGUUGUACCUGUUUCCCAGCCCAAAGACACAGGCCAGCCCCAGCUGGUCCCCCUGUCACUGCCUCAACUUAUGCCUGUAUCAUCCAUCACAGGAACUCCCACUGGAAGCUUCACCUUCCCUCAGGUGGUCCCAGCAGCACCUUCUCUUUCCAUCCCAUCCCCUGGAGGUGCUUUUCAGAUUCUUACAUCUGGGUCUGGAGCAGGACUAAGUGUUGCCCAGGGACCAAUACGUCUUAGUCCAGUAGGGCCUCCUCAGAGUGUCCCUACUGGUUCUAUCCCAAGUGUUCAACUUCUGAAUUCUGGAGUUUUUCAAUUACCCUCUGUUUCUCCAGGCAAUAUUCUCUUAGCUGGUGGAAUAGGAGGGAGCCCCUUCCUAAGUGUUCAAAAUGGCAAACUCAUCCUUACUAUUCCGGCUGGCAUACAGUUCUCCAGUAUGCCUGUCAAGUCCAUCCCAGAAAACACAAUCUCAAGCAACAGCAUUAUUGAUCCAAUUUCCUCUGUAGCUCCACUUGAAAAUCCACCCGCACCUGCACAAUCCUCAAAUUCACUACAAUCAUCUCCUCUGGGUCUAAUUGGUUCCUCUUCCCUUUACUGCAGUCCUGAGCCUGGGACAAUUGCCAACACUACCCCAGGAGCUUCUCCUAACACUCCAGACUCUUCUAGUACUCCCACUCCUACGGGCAUCCUACAAUCCCAGCAGACCUUCAGCCCUGAUAGCAUGCUGCCCCUCAGUCCAAUUUGUAGUGGUGUUUCAACUGGCACACACCUCUCCCAGCCAGUCUGGAGCCUAGUGCCUCUUUCCUCCCCUGCGGGUCUGACAUUAUUUGACAUGCGUGGUAAAGGGGAUCUACCAGAGGACCCGGCUUUGUUGGGCCUACCAGGUGGAGAGUCUCUACUAUUGGGGACUCCUCCUCCAGGUGAGGAUGUGGAAAGAGAUUCUUCGCUGGAUGAGGUGGAGGAAAUGGAUGGGGACUCAAAAAUUCUCACGCAACUUCAAUCCGUCCCUGUGGAUGAUGAGUUGGGUUUGUAAAUACAAUUGUUGCGUUGAUAG